AUGGCUUAUUACCCCAAGUUGCCUUCAGGGAAUUGCGGUGUGAGUUGGUCUCGUGUCUAUUUGGGUGUUCAUUCGCCAUGUGAUGUGCUUGCCGGAUGGACCAUCGGCGUCCUGCUGCUUUUCAUAUACGCGUUGCGAUUUUUUGCCUCAACGAAUAAAAGGUCAUUCCCAUUUGCAGGAGGGUUCUCUGAUAAGCUUUAUGAUGCGUAUGAGGCGAGUUCCCGUGAUGACCUUUCAUUCUUCGUCUAUUUCUACACCUUUGUUCUUCUACUUCUGUGGAUCCAUCCAAGAGCAUGGCCAGAGACGCAGAGUUAUGCGGAACUAGUCUGUGUACUAUCGGGUACGGGAGCGAUAUGGUGUGGGCGAAUUUUUCAUCUUGGAGGUGACAUGCCGUCGAUAAGCUUGGCAGAGCAGCAUCCCAGUGCUCCGAUCUAUUUGUAUUUCUUCAGAUUCCUCCUGGGUAAGCAUCUUCUUGGCGAUAUUCCUCACAAACGACCACCAGAGGACGACUCGAAGUUGCCCACCUAUCGAUUAGUUGUCAUAGGAGAUGGAGGAGUUGGCAAAAGUUCGCUCACGAUUCAGUUCUUUCAAAAACAGUUCUUGGACUACUAUGACCCAACGAUUGAGGACCAGUAUAUUCAACAUUGUGAAGUGGACGGUCACUGGGUAAUUAUGGAUGUGUUGGACACUGCCGGACAGGAGGAGUUUUCUGCCAUGCGGGAACAGUACAUGAGGAAUGGACGCGGAUUUCUUCUGGUCUAUUCGGUAACCGAGAGGAAAAGCUUCGAUGAAGCAGCGAAAUUAUACAGACAGGUGCUACGUGUGAAGGACUGUACUGAGUACCCUGUAUUGCUGGUAGCUAAUAAGAUUGAUCUGACAAAUCAACGAGUUGUAAGCGAAGCCGAAGGUCGUAGUCUCGCCGCUAGUCUCAAGCUGCCAUACAUUGAAACAUCUGCUAAGGAUCCUCCCGUCAAUGUGGAUGCUGCCUUUCACGAAUUGGUCCGAAUAUGUAAGAGCUUCCCGACGGACGAAGAUGAAGAAGAGAACAGCGCAGCAGUUUCUCCGAAUCGAACCAAAGCGAAGAAGAAAAAGCACAAGCAGAAGUGCGUAUUGAUGUAA